AUGGUGCUGCUCAAACUGUCCAAAUUCAAACUUCAACUCCAAGCCCUAGUUUCCGAAGUUCGUGAACUCAGAGAAAGGGAACUCUCGGCCCACGAGCAACUUCAACUAUCAAUCCAGAAACAAAAACAAACCGAGGAAGAAUUCAAUACAAAAUUAACGGGAUUAGAAGCGGAAUUAGCUUUAUCGAAUGAACUUGGCCAAAAACUCGAGAUGAAGGUGAGAUACCUUCAGAGUGACAAUACUAUGCUUGAGAAUAAGCAGAAAGAGUUGAAGGGAACUAUUAACAGCUUACUCCAAUCAAGGGAUGGUUUCCUAAAAUCAUAUGAGGACUCUACUUGUGAAAUGAAGCGAUCUAUUGAAUCCAGAGAUAGAAAGAUUGCUGUCCUUUUGGAGAAGAUAAAUGCUCAUUUAUUGUUAAUUGGUACUAUUGAAAAGGAGGCUUCAUCUGUCAAGCAAGUUGUGGAUAAUGUCCAACAUGCUCUCAAUGAUAAAGAGGAAGUAGUGGCUGGACUAAAGAGCAAAUUGGAUAAGGUUUCUACAUUUGAAAUGCUAUUUGUUGAAAAGAUCAAUAACCUGGAGAGUAAAUUGAGAAAUGAUGAGGAUGACCUUGGAAGAAAGUACAAAAUAAUUAUGGAGCUGGAAGCACAGAUGGAGGCUGCAAAAUUUACUAAUAAAAGCCAUCCUCAGAUAGAUGAGCUUCAGAAAAUUGUGUCAGCAAAGGAUUUGAUCAUACAAAAUCUAAUCUCGGAGAAAAAGGCAUUGCAGUUUGAACUUGGGAGUUUAGGAGUUAUCGUAAAGAAGAUUCAGGACACUGUCAUACAAAUGAAUGAGGAGGUCAGAGAAAGGGAGGAAUUUGGCGGGAAAAUGGUGCUGCUCAAACUGUCCAAAUUCAAACUUCAACUCCAAGCCCUAGUUUCCGAAGUUCGUGAACUCAGAGAAAGGGAACUCUCGGCCUACGAGCAACUUCAACUAUCAAUCCAGAAACAAAAACAAACCGAGGAAGAAUUCAAUACAAAAUUAACGGGAUUAGAAGCGGAAUUAGCUUUAUCGAAUGAACUUGGCCAAAAACUCGAGAUGAAGGUGAGAUACCUUCAGAGUGACAAUGCUAUGCUUGAGAAUAAGCAGAAAGAGUUGAAGGGAACUAUUAACAGCUUACUCCAAUCAAGGGAUGGUUUCCUAAAAUCAUAUGAGGACUCUACUUGUGAAAUGAAGCGAUCUAUUGAAUCCAGAGAUAGAAAGAUUGCUGUCCUUUUGGAGAAGAUAAAUGCUCAUUUAUUGUUAAUUGGUACUAUUGAAAAGGAGGCUUCAUCUGUCAAGCAAGUUGUGGAUAAUGUCCAACAUGCUCUCAAUGAUAAAGAGGAAGUAGUGGCUGGACUAAAGAGCAAAUUGGAUAAGGUUUCUACAUUUGAAAUGCUAUUUGUUGAAAAGAUCAAUAACCUGGAGAGUAAAUUGAGAAAUGAUGAGGAUGACCUUGGAAGAAAGUACAAAAUAAUUAUGGAGCUGGAAGCACAGAUGGAGGCUGCAAAAUUUACUAAUAAAAGCCAUCCUCAGAUAGAUGAGAUAUCCAUCUAGCUUAUAUGCAGAUCUAUAUGUUUUGUUAUUUUAAAUACUGAAGUUUAAUA